UUCAUUUAUUCAUAAAUUUGCAAAUUACCGUUGCGACACUUCCGGAACAUGUGUUUUCGCGCUUCCGUCACUCCAUUGACGCAUGAAUCCAUGAAUUGGUAAUUUCCCCAGCACUCCUGUCAACGAACCGUUAAAUAAAUCAUAAAGAUGCCUUCUGACGCUAAAAAAAAGAGAGAUCAAAAGAAAAAAGAUGCUGCAAAAGGCAAAAACAAAAAGACCCCUUCAAAAGAAAAUGGUGUAGCUGAAUUAAAUGGAGAUGCAGAAGAAAACGGAUAUACAAACGGAGUAACAGCUAAUGGAAAUGCAGUAAAUGAAAUGGAAGAGGAACUGGAAGCCAUGACAUUAUUGGCGAAACACAGAGCUUGUACAGGAGUGUUGGCUUCCCAUCCUGACAGUCGUGAUGUCCACAUACAUAACUUAUCCAUUACUUUCCAUGGUGUCAUAUUGCUGGAUGAUACCAAACUUGAGUUAAACGUUGGAAGAAGAUAUGGUCUUAUAGGUCUUAAUGGUUGUGGUAAAUCCUCCUUGCUGUCAGCCAUAGAGAAUCGUGAAAUACCUAUACCAGAGCAUGUUGAUAUCUUUCACCUGCGUAGAGAGAUGGCACCUAGUGAAAAAACAGCAUUACAAGCUGUUUGUGAUGUAGAUAAAGAGAGAAUACGUUUAGAACAUGAAAGCGAAGUUCUAGCAACUAAAGAUGAUCAAGAAUCCCAUGACCGAUUACUGGAUAUCUAUGAGAGAUUAGAUGAUAUGGAUGCUGACAAAGCUGCUGUGGCUGCAGCUUUCAUUCUUCAUGGUCUUGGUUUCACUAAAGACAUGCAGCACAAGAAAGUGAAGGACUUCUCUGGAGGAUGGAGAAUGAGGAUCAGUUUAGCAAGGGCAUUGUUUAUCAGACCAUCACUGUUACUGUUGGAUGAACCUACAAAUCAUUUAGAUCUUAAUGCUUGUGUAUGGUUGGAAAAUGAACUCAGCAAUUACAAAAGAAUACUAGUAAUGGUGUCGCAUUCUCAAGAUUUCCUGAAUGGAGUUUGUACAAACGUAAUACACAUGCAGAAUAACAAACUAAGAUAUUUUGGUGGUAACUAUGACACCUUUAUGCAAACAAGAAUGGAAUUGGAAGAAAAUCAAAUGAAAAAAUAUAAAUGGGAACAGGAUCAAAUAUCACAUAUGAAGAACUAUAUAGCAAGAUUUGGACAUGGUAGUGCAAAGUUAGCCAGACAAGCCCAGAGUAAAGAGAAAACCCUGAAGAAAAUGGUUGAUAGUGGACUGACAGAGAGAGUUACUCAAGAUAAAGUGUUAUGUUUUUCAUUUCCUCCAUGUGGUAAAAUACCUCCUCCAGUGAUAAUGAUACAACAUGUCAGCUUCAAGUAUGAAGAUGAUAAGCCUCAUAUAUAUAAGGACCUUGACUUUGGCUUUGAUUUAGAUACAAGAGUGGCUUUAGUAGGACCAAAUGGUGCUGGCAAGUCUACACUCCUGAAACUUGUUGUUGGAGAGUUGGUACCCACAGAAGGAAUUAUCAGGAGAAAUUCUCAUUUGAAGAUAGGCAGAUAUCAUCAGCACUUGGCUGAGGCCUUAGAUCUAGAGCAGUCUGCUUUAGAAUGGAUGACAAGAUGCUUCCCAGAUGUCAAAGAGAAAGAAGAGAUGAGACGUAUUAUUGGACGGUUUGGAUUAACAGGACCACAACAGAUUUGUCCAAUUAAAAAUUUAUCUGAUGGCCAGCGGUGUCGUGUCAUAUUUGCUUGGUUGGCAUGGCAAAACCCUCAUAUACUGUUACUUGACGAACCUACAAAUCAUUUAGAUCUUGAGACAAUAGAUGCAUUAGCUGAUGCUAUCAAUGAUUUUGAAGGAGGAUUAAUUCUAGUUAGCCACGACUUCAGACUUAUAUCUCAGGUGGUGGAAGAAAUCUGGAUUUGUGAGAAACAAACUGUUACUAAGUGGGAAGGAGAUAUCUUUAGUUACAAAGAAGCAUUGACUAAAAAGGUCAAGAAAGAUAAUGCAAAAAUGUUAAAAAAUAUAUGAGUAUGAAAUUUAGGGAAAACAUUUUGUGAUAUUUAUUUAUAAACAAUUUUUACUGCAAUUUAAAACCUGAUGGUAAUAUGUUUUCAUCAGCAGGGCUUGUACAUCAUCCUAAUAUGUGAUUUUAUUUGACAAACUGUUCCUUAUAAAAUAGACGAAUCUCCUGACGAUAUUUGUUUAGUGACACUGUAAUCAAUGCUAUGGAAUAUUAAUAUACAUAAUAGGGAAUAUUAUAUAUGAUUGGUGUCAACUGCCAUAAAACCUAUCUAAAGACCUACAGCAACAUCAUACAAGGCAUCAAUAAGUAAUAUAAUUGUACCAUAUUUUCUUUAUAGCUAAAAAUUUAUUUUUAUGUGUUUUAGCAUGAAAGAACAUCUUAUUAGUAUUGUCAAUGCAUUAACAUGUUAUAGUAAACUUCUGUAAAAUUUGACAGUUUAAAAAAAUAAGUAUAAAAUGUAAAUGCAAAUAAAAUGUCUCAAAAUAGUGUAAAAUAGACAUUGAAUAUCAGUGUGAUGUGUUGUUGUAUUUCUUCUCUGACACAUUGAUGCAUUCAAACUUCAUGCUUGGUGUCAUACCAGUCUUAUAAAUUAUUUCAGUAAAAUGCUGUCACUUCUUUUAUAGAAUUGUAUUAAAUUGUGAACAAAGGACAUUUUUCCUUUACUUGUAUUUUAUUUAUUGUAAUGUUUGAUAGGUGACAGAUUUUAUUGGUUUCAGUAAUGUUUUUAUUUUCCUGAUUUCUGUUACAUAUUUUGCUCUUGAUUUCAGCAAUGAGAUUUCAUAAAAUAUUACAAUACUUGUUAACAAUAUUACUAUUUUAUAUGCCAUCUCCACUACUGUAUGUCAUCAAUGAUAAUUAAUGGUUUCAAAUGUUAAAAAAAUAAAACAAAACAAAAAAAUCAGUAUUUCUAAAAGAUACAAUGAUUCAAAUGUUCACACAGAGUUAAUGUAUAAUUUGAUAUUAAGAUCUUUAAAAUUUCUUUUUUGAGAAAAACGUGAUGAAAGUCUUGUUGUAUUUCUAUGUAAAAGAACAAAUCAAAUUAUACAAUAUACAGUUGUACUGUUCAUAUGAACUUGUGUAAUAUUAUUUUGGAAUUAAACUUUGAAUUUUUAUAA